AGAUGGCGUCUCCCAGCGACCAAGCGGUGAACGAUUCACACGUGGGGAAAAAUAAAAAGCCUCCGGCUCGGUACUGGCAGGAGCCUCAGGAAGGGGGCAAAGAUGGAGACAAAGUGGGAAAAGACCGAGGGCAGAAUGAAGAGGCUCUGCAGCCGGAGGAGCGGAGGACGCAGAAAAGAAAGCAAGAGGAAGCUCAAGGGGACGGAAAGAAAUUUAUAUCAGGGAAAUCAGACCCUUUCCCUGGUCCUGCUCCUAUUCCUGAAGACAGGGUGCAGAAGUUCAAAAGGAAAGAUAAAAUGAAAAAGCCUCGCAGUCAGCAUUACAAGCUGAAAGAUGUGAUUACCCGCUCAGAAGAAGCUUCAGAAAUGGCCCAGAAACAAGCUGCCCGGUUUGACCUCCUACUCCCAGAGGACUCAGGGUUUCUAGAAGGAGAUGAAGAUGAAGACACGUGUACAAUCUCUCAGGAGGAUAUUGCAGAUGCUGUGGAUAUAACAUCUGGAGCAAAGUAUUUUAAUCUGAAACUCUCUCAGUUUGGACCAUAUCGAGUGGAUUACAGCAAAACUGGACGUCACCUUUUGCUUGGUGGGAGGAGAGGCCAUGUUGCUUGUAUAGACUGGCUGUCCAAACAGCUGAUGUGUGAGAUUAACGUGAUGGAGUCUGUCAAUGAUGUAAAGUGGCUCCACAGCGAGACCAUGUAUGCAGUGGCUCAGAAGAAGUGGCUGUAUAUCUAUGACUCCAAUGGAAUAGAGCUUCACUGCAUUCGCAAAUUCAAUGACGUCCUUCGUAUGCAGUUCCUCCCCUACCACUUUUUGCUAGCCACAGCGAGUGCUACGAGCUUCCUGCAGUACCUGGAUGUGUCUGUGGGAAAGGAGGUGGCAGCCAUUUGCACCAAGACUGGCCGCCUUGAUGUGAUGUGUCAGAACCCUCAUAAUGCCAUCAUCCACCUAGGACACCCCAACGGCACAGUGACCCUGUGGUCACCCAACCAGAAGGAAGCCCUUGUCAAGAUGCUAUGCCACCAGGGUGGUGUGCGUUCUGUCGCUGUCGACAAGACUGGCACAUACAUGGUGACAUCUGGAAUGGAUAAAAAGCUGAAGGUAUAUGACAUUAGAGCCUUCAAGCCCCUCAAGUCCUACUUCCUCCCUGCUGGAGCUUCCUGUUUGUCACUGAGCCAGAGAGGGCUGCUGUCUGCAGCCACGGGAGAUAUUGUUCAGGUGUACAAGGACGUGUGGAGUGCUCCAGUGACUAAACCCUACAUGGCUCACAGAGCUCGGGGAACAGUGUGGGGUCUGCACUUCUGUCCCUUUGAAGAUGUCCUCGGGGUUGGACACGGAGACGGUUUCACCAGCAUGCUCGUACCAGGUGCAGGUGAACCUAACUUUGAUGGUCUGGAUGCAAAUCCAUACCGCAGUGCAAAGCAGAGGCAAGAGUGGGAGGUUAAAGCCCUGCUGGAGAAGAUCCAGCCGGAGCUCAUCAGCCUGGACCCCUGUGAACUGGGACAAGUUGACCACGCCACCUUUCAGCAAAGACACCAAGACAGAGUCGAAGCUCUGGGCUUUGACCCACUUGCCAAUGAAAGAUUUACACCCAAGUUUAAGAAAAAAGGUCGUAGUUCUGCUGGCAAUGUUGAGAGGCGCAAGAAGCAAGUGGCUCAUGAGGACCAGAGGGAUAUAAUCAGGAAAACUGUGGAGGACAAAAUGAAGAUGGAGAAAGAAAGAAAGGAGAGGGAGAAGAAGAAGGCAGCGGUAUCUAGUUCCAGAUCUGCCUUGGACAGAUUCAAAAAAUAGAGAAGGGUGACCCUUUGUGCUGACUAAACCCCAGCAGCAUUCUGUGGGAGCGACCUUUUGAACUGCAUAUAAAGGACACAUUUUUUGGACACAUAAUUCCACUGUGAGAACAAAACACACACUGUAGAGUUUCUGGAUAGAGUCUGCUAAUGAGGACAUGUUCUGAUGGGUAACAGUUAAUCAGUUCUGAGUGCAGCUGUAGGACAGUUCUAUUUAAUGCCGAUGGCCUGAGGCACUUCCUGUCUCCAUGAGUGGAUAAUGUGAGGUGCCGUCGCUGGGGCCAUAGGUGCCACAUAGAAUUUGUGUUAAGCUGUAUUUUUUUCUCUACUAAUAAACAGAAUUUUCACUAAUUUUUGACCUUUUCAAAUGGAGUGCUUUGGUGGCUGAACUGACUGAGCGUAUGUCAAAUGUUUUAUAUUAAUAUGUUAUUAAAAUAAACAACACAAUGCCGA